ACACUACGCCACCACCAAUGUCUGCGGCCGUGGCAUUGGCGGUCAUCUUGGCCGUCUACGUCGUCCUCAGGUAUAUAUCCUCUCCGAGAGGCAGGUCUAAGCCUCUGAACCUUCCACCUGGCCCGCGAGGAUGGCCGGUGAUCGGAAGCCUCGGCGCACUGGCAGGCGCGCUUCCGCCGCACCGAGCGCUGGCCGCGCUAGCGGCGCGCCACGGCCCGCUCAUGCACCUGCGCCUCGGCUCCUACCACGCGGUGGUGGCCUCGUCGGCGGACACCGCCCGGCUUGUCCUCAAGGUCCACGACCUCGCCUUCGCCGACCGGCCGCGCACGGCCGCCGGCGAGGUCGCCUCCUACGGCUACCUCGGCAUCGUGCACACCCCGUACGGCGCCUACUGGCGCAUGGCGCGCAAGCUCUGCGCCACCGAGCUCUUCUCCGCGCGCCGCGUGGACUCGUUCGAGCGCGUCCGCGCCCAGGAGAUGCGCGCGCUCGCGCGCGGCCUGUUCGAGUGCGCCGGCCGCGGCGCCGUCGCGGUCAGGGAGCACGUGGCGGGCGCCACGCUGCGGAACAUCCUCCGCAUGGCGGUCGGGGAGAAGUGGUCGGGCUGCUACGGUAGCCCCGAGGGCGAGGCGUUCCGGCGCACGCUGGACGAGGCGUUCGCGGUCACCGGCGCGGUCAGCAACGUCGGCGAGUGGGUCCCGUGGCUGGGCUGGCUCGACCUGCAGGGCUGCGUCCGCCGGAUGAAGCGCCUCCGCGCGCAGUACGACCGCUUCUUCGAGCAGAUCCUCGACGACCACGACCACAAGAAGACGCGGCGGGAGCGAGGCCGACCCGGCGCCGGCGACUCCGCGGCGGACGAUGACCUGGUCGACGUGCUGCUGCGGCUGGUCGAGGAGGACGAGGACAGGCCGGAGACGACGGAGGCCAGCAGGCUCACGCGCGACGGCGUGAAAGCGUUCGUCCAGGACAUCGUCGCCGGCGGCACGGAGAGCUCGGCGGUCACGAUCGAGUGGGCCAUGUCGGAGCUCCUCCGCCGGCCGGACGCCUUGCGGGCUGCCACCGCCGAGCUCGACCGCGUGAUUGGGCACGGCCGCUGGGUCACAGAGCGCGACCUCCCGGACCUCCCCUACAUCGACGCCGUCGUGAAGGAGACGAUGCGGCUGCACCCGGUCGGCCCGCUCCUCGUCCCGCACCACGCCCGCGAGCACACGGUGGUGGCCGGCUACGACGUCCCCGCCGGUGCGCGCGUGCUGGUGAACGUGUGGGCCAUCGCUCGCGACCCCGCGUCAUGGCCUGACGCGCCUGACGCGUUCCGGCCGGAGCGGUUCUUGAACGGCAGCUCCGGCGCCAGCGUCGACGUGCGCGGCGCGCACUUUGAGCUGCUGCCGUUCGGGGCCGGGCGGCGGAUGUGCCCCGCGCACGGCCUCGCGAUGAAGCUGGUGACCGCUGGCGUGGCGAACCUGGUGCACGGGUUCGCGUGGCGGCUGCCGGACGGUAUGGCGCCGGAGGAUGUGAGCAUGGAGGAGCUAUUUGGGCUUUCCACGCGCCGGAAGGUUCCGCUCGUCGCCGUCGCGGAGCCCAGGCUGCCGGCGCACCUCUACACUAAUGUCACGCCGCCACAGCAGGUCGCGGGCUCCACGAUUGCGAACUUGUCCACCAGGCCGGAGUACAAGCUCGUGUUCUGAAUCAUUCACCGCCACUAAAAAUAAAGCAGGAAAAACUACACUUCCUGCGUGCUAGACGUCCGGGCGGAACACAACAGUGCUUGCUCACGUUCUUCUAUUGGUUGUACUAAAAAUAUGGACUAGCCUGAACUUUCUGAACCUAAUUCACCUGUCUGCUUGGUUUCACCAUGUUCACCAAACACAAUCGAUGCAACUAUCUGUUGAAAGCACCAGGUGCAGGUUAUUCACUUAUCAAUUGAAACAACUGGUCUUGUGCUAAA